AUGUCAUCCAACUCGCCGUAUAGUACAAACUCGUCGAAUCUUUGGCGAUCUUUCGUCCAAGGAACGACAGACGUCAAGACUCAGGUGGUAGCUACAAAGAAAGACGGGGACGUUUUCCUCUCUGCCAAUGUUAUCGAAGAAGUAGACCAUUUGCAAGUCGCACGCAAGACACUCGUAACCGACAAAGACCAAAAGUCCCCUCCCAAGCGGAUCAUCAUCUGUUGCGACGGUACGUGGCAGUCUUCCGUCAGCGGCCAACAGAAUAUCCCAUCCAAUGUAACCCGCCUGGCACGUUCCAUUGCCCUCACGGGGUCCGUCGAAAAGCCUGGGGAGGCGCAGAGCGUCUGCCAGCAAGUCGUCUUCUACAGCGCCGGCGUCGGCACGGGCGGCGGCUCAAAUAUCCUUGAUAGACUCCGUCAAGCUACCUUUGGCGAUGGGCUUGUCGCGGAUAUCAUCGAGGCGUACAACUUCAUCGUCAUGAACUAUGCGCCGCACGACCAAAUCUUUUGCUUUGGAUUCUCUCGAGGGGCGUACACGGCCCGCUCCGUUGCCGGUCUCAUUACAGAUAUUGGCAUUAUCCAGCCUCAGGAGAUGGACGACUUCCCGGCUCUUUACGACCUCUAUCGAAGACAUGGCCAUAACGACAGCUUCAACUUUCGUCAAUCGAGGGAAUAUCGACAGUGGAUCACCGGUAUCCGCGCAAACGGGGUCGAAGGCUGGAACACUGAGGAGGAAGCAAAUAAACACUGGAUCCAAAAGCCGCAUAAUCUUCCCCCAGAGUUCACCAGAGUCAUUGAGGUCGUCGGGGUGUUUGAUACUGUCGGUAGUUUGGGGAUUCCCGGCGUGACUCGGGGUCCUCGGACACGGGCUUUAAUCAGCAAAGUUGCUAGACUUGCCCCCUGGCUUGGCGUCGAUGACCUUGGAUUCCAUAAUCCUUCAUUGAGUAGAUACAUCCAGCAUGCUUACCAUGCGCUCGCCCUCGACGAGCAUCGAAAGCCAUUUACGCCAACGCUUUGGCGUCUUCCACUGAGUGGAGAACAGUGCCCUGGAUACCACAAACCGCCAAAAGAUGAGCUUGCGCGAAAUUUCAGGUCACUUUUGGGAGUCCAAUCGAGGGCUACAGAAGAUGAGCUCUCUCGUGCAUGGGUAGCCUUGAUCGAUCGUGAAAUGGCGGACCAGUUGGAGGGCGAUCAACCCGAGCUGCGGCAGGUCUGGUUCCCGGGCGGUCACGUCAACAUUGGAGGCGGCAAUCCAGGCAUUCUAUACGGCUUCCCGUUUGAUUAUGAACAAAUCGCUCUCAUUUCCUUCACCUGGAUGUGUGACCAGAUCAAGACCUUCAUCCAGCUCGACGACAAGAAGGGAUUCAAGGACGGUAAAGAAACAAUUUCAACGCUCGCCGACCGCGUGAUCGAAGCCCGCAUGGGACUGAUUCACCGCUCACGACACGACCAAGGGCCAAGCAUCAACUGGGUAGUACAGCGUGUCCGGCAAGGACUGGGCCACAGCAGGAUUUACAAAAUGUUUUUCAAUGUCUCUUCAUACCAACCGGAAGACGCCUGGGCCACAGGGCCAAUCAUUGACAUUCUUGCACCCGUCAUGAAAGUCCUGCCGUUCUUGUCAAAAUAUAGGACACCGGGAGAGUACAAGAAGGACUCCCACGGCAACGAUCUCGGCCAGACGAACGAGGAAAUCCACCCCUCUGUCAAUUAUCGCGUCGUGAAUCAUCCUACAUAUACUCCAAGGUCCCUUGAGAGGUUCACGAGAUCGAAAAAGAUGGCCAGCGAGGACGGGAAACUUGAGUUUUUAUAUGAGUGGAAGAAAGGGGAUGUUGUUGUGCCGGAAUAUUUGAUUAAACCAGGCAAUUCGAUCAAAGGCGACUUGAUUGCCCGCCGCCUGGCUGAGUUUUCGACUGGUGGCAACAAGUUCGUUGAUGCGCUUGUCAAAAGCGCUGCUCAAAAGCGCUGA